UAUUCAGUGUGUCAUGGAGGUCCUCCUCAGACGUGGGCUCGCGACGGCCCUGCGCCGUGCCGUCGGCGGCUCGGUCUGCCGCCCUGCGCUGCGCGCCGCUCCUCUAGACUAUCCAGCAUCUCUUUAUUGAGCUGCCAGAUUGUGAAUGGGGCUCAGUGCGACGUCCAGGGUGACGGCAGUGUUCACCCAGCAUUGUGAACAAGCCAAGUUGUCCCUCUGAGCUAAUGCUUGCUCAUUGUGGUGAUGACAGAUCCAAAGUGUCCUGUCAUCCCUUUUUUUUGCAGACACUAGCUGUCAUACAAAAGCCUCCACCGGGGUCCGGGUCCGCAGCCGACCGUUCCUGCCGCAGACUCACUUUGUAGCUACUUCCAGGGACGUGCUGGUCCCCACACUGUCUGACAAAACAAAACUUGAAGAACCUCUGUUGAAGGAGGCGUGUCCGACUGAUGACCUCAAUCGGGGGGGAAGCAUUUCAUCGUGCCAUUGCACGUGUCCACGUCCAAAACAGUUGUAUACACGCCCCCGAAUCUGAGCACACUGCUAUUGGACUCGGAAGCAGUGGACGUGUGUUUGAGGAAUCGUGUUUCAGUCUAAUACAAUGCAUGGUUUCACCUGCAGGGUGUGAUCAAGACGGAUGAUGUGGAUGAUCGUGUCGCCCCGACAUUCCCGAUAAAUAACAUCAUCCGAGCCUGUCGCACAUAUAAUAUAUGUAGAGUUCAAAAGUGUUCGACUGUGCACCAGUAAAGGGAUAAAAAGAAAAUGUAACAGCAGCUUACUGAAUUAUUUAACCAAGGGGUCAGGGGGCCUGUCGGCUUCUCUCUGCCUUUUUCUUUUAGUUGUUCUGAAGGUGAAUAUUGGGCAGUGUGAUUUAUUAUUAGCAUUCCUUUUUAUUUACUGUGCCAGUGUCGCUCUUGUUCUGUCCUCCUGCAUGUGUGGGGAGGUUCUGCGUCUGUCACCGCAGGAGAGCUGCUGCUGCUCCCCUGUCGUCACCUGCUGUCCUCCUCCACAGAUUGCGUUGGACAUCUGUCCAUCUUUGGUGUUGGAAAGCUUUCGUUGCACUUCACAUAACCAGUCGUCUCCUCUGCUCUGCUCUGAGUGUGGGGAGGGGCCAAGAUGCAGUGCGUUUAUGUGCACACUAUUAGUCAAGUAUUCAGAAUUCACUACGGGUCGUGUACAUGACAUUCUGUUUGGAUACUCAUAGCAUUUUCCAAUUAAAUUGUGGGAUAUGCCUUUAUUAUACAAAAGGGUAAAAGGGUUAAUAUAUGGACUUGUAUACAGUGCAUUCAGAAUACACGUUGUCUCAGUUGUCUGUUUUUUCUGGGAGUUGGUGACAAACAGACUCUUCCUUGCUUGUGAUCAGGUCUCUGUGUUGAAUACAAACCAAACAGACAAAAGUUUGCAUUCAUCUCAAGAGAAAGCCCACAUAUCUGGACUGAAGGAGAAACCAAGGGGUUUUUAUAUUUCAUCAUGAGAAGACUUUGAUAUCAACAGGUUUUCUUCUGUUGGACAGUAAAGUUAGAAACAGGACGCACGUCAUGGGCGCAUUUUACAUGAAUCAGAGUGUGCAAGGCUGCAGUGUAUAAUAUUACUGAAAUAUUCAUUCAUCUUUGUAAUUGGAAAAUUAGGAAUAUUUUGAGCUUGUAAAAUAUCAGAAACCGGGAUGUCCUUUGGUCUAAACUUCAUAUAAACCAAAGCGAAAUCUAUUAUGAAGAAAUGACAUGUUUUAUUAUUAUACUAAAUGUGGUAUUAUUGUUUGGUCGGGAGAUGAAUGGGGUUUUGCUUUGCGUAUGGGUUCUCUCUCCAAUGUGACAAAUGACAUUAGCGUUAUUUAGAAUUCCUCGCUGAUUUGAACAUUUGGAUAUCACCGGCUGAAGGUCCCCCGUGCGGAAUGAGGAGUUGAUGUGUUCUGUGUUUCCAGGAGCACGCAGGACCAAGAAGACAUGGCCGGUGAGCUUCUCUCAGGAGGAGUUGAAGAAACGCCUCACACCGACGCAGUUCCACGUCACUCAGGAGAGAGGAACGGAGAGUGCGUUCACUGGUGAGCUCACACUUCUUAAAGAUGAGGGGACGUACAAGUGUGUGGUCUGUGGCACCCCGCUGUUCAGCUCAAACACUAAAUUUGACUCCGGAUCAGGUUGGCCCUCCUUCUUUGACCUGGUGAAGGACGAGUCUGUGACUCUGACGGAUGACUACUCCUACGGGAUACACCGAGUGGAGACCACCUGCAGCCAGUGCGGAGCCCAUCUGGGACACCUGUUCGAUGAUGGACCAAGACCCACCGGGAAGCGCUACUGCAUUAACUCGGCCUCACUGGCCUUCCAGCCCAAAGACGCGGCCGAGGGCGGAGCUGCUGGCGGCUCAGUGAGCGACAGGAAGACGGAGCUCUGAGCGACACACCGGCCCGGUGACUGUGCCUGUGUAGGGAGAGUCCAAAAGUUCACUCAGCAUUAAAAUAGUUCACAAAGUAACGAGAGUGCAGGAGGUCCCCAGACACGGACCAAAAGCUCCAAGUAAUCUGAAAGUGCAUGUUUCCCAAAACAGCCAUUUUGAAGUGUGCAACGUGCAAGACACUGCGUAAACUGCCUUAAAAGGAACGUUCAGUAUUUGUCAACCUGGGUUUGACUCUGUCGUGGUCGUGAGGGGAGCAGGGCGAGGCUGCCUCAGGAGCUGCGGGGAGUUCAAAGGGACGACCCCUAUGAGCCUUUGCUUUUUGUGUUCUUGCUGGAAUAUUUCCCAACUGCCUAUGAACGAGGCGGUGAAAAUGUCAGGAACUACCGACCAUGGACAAAAGACAUCCACUUUGACAAAUACCAGAAUUUUCUCCCUUUAACCUCCCCGGUGUGGGAAACAGCAUUCGGUCUGCCAAUUUAAACAUGGAUGAAGUGCUGUGUUGUAGACACACAUACGUUACACAUGUGUGCGUAUAUAUAUACAGUGUGUGUGUAUGUAUGUAUAUAUUGGAGUGGUGUUUGAUUUAAUGAUGUCACCUAUGCAAGUGCUGCUGUCAGUAGUGACGCAGCACAGUGAAACACAGCCGAGACACUUUGACAGAAUCUUAUUGUGGAAAAAUAAUGUGCUGCGGUCGUUAGGUCACUUCCUGUAUUUGUUCCUUCUCUACUCCUUUGCUUCAGGAAAUAUUUUCAAUCUUCCACAGCUUGUAUUAAAACAGUUGUUGGAUGAAUAAAAUAUGCAGAAACAGUU